UUAUCCAUAGAAACAAACCGUAGAUCUCAACUUUCUCUCUCUAGCCAAUAUUAACGAUGUCGGUUCAAAAGUUGUCAUCCAAAACUGUGAUAAAGUCGGGCGGAGAUGUGUUUCAUGAAAUAUUCCACCAAAGACCUCACCACAUCUCCGACAUGUCCCCUUCUAACAUCCAGAGUGUUGAUCUUCACGAAGGCGAUUGGGGAACUGUUGGCUUCAUCAGCUCUUGGAACUACAAUCAUGAGGGAAAACAGAAGGUGGCAAAGGCGGUGGUAGAAAGCAUAGACGAAGAGAAUAAAACAGUUGCUUACAACGUUAUUGGCGGCGAUCUGAAGGAGCUGUACAAAACUUUUAUCAUACACCUCCACGUGGAAACCGAAGGAGAAAAUGACAUAGUCACGUGGACAUUUGAGUAUGAGAAGCUGAGCGAGGAUGUAGAGGAUCCCACCUCCUUCAUGGAAUUCGCUACUUCUGUUACCAAGGACAUCGAGAAGCACCAUAUCACCAAUUAGCCAUUUUAAUAAUAAUAUCUUUAUGAUUAUUAAGUUUGGAUAUUUGUACUUUAAUUAUCACACGGAGGUGAUAAAUAAUCAAUGUGUGCUGUUAUAUAUUUUAAUAUGAGUUUGUAAUAAUCAAUAAUGUCUUAUAAAUAAAUGAAUAUUUACUUGUUUUAUAUUA